AUGGAGGCUGUUGCGAGCAGCCCCGAAUUCAGGAUCCAGACGGAUCAGGAUCCGCCGAGCAGCAACGGAUCCUUUGCCCUCUCUUCAUCUUCCGCUUCCGCCGUCUUUAGGAAGAUCGAAUUCCACCCCGCUCGGAAACCCUUCAAUGGCAUCUCCAAUCGGGGUUCCAAUUUUAAGAUCGAGACUUUAAAUCCCAGCUCCGCUACUAACAAGCGAGCCUUCUCCUCCGCACCGUCCGGUAAGAAGCCCGACGGGUCCGAUUCGGCGGAGCACGGGAUAGAUCCGGAGCUUACUUUCACCAUAACCUUCCGCAGAAUCGGUGCGGGUUUGCAGAAUCUCGGGAAUACAUGUUUUCUCAAUUCGGUGUUACAAUGUUUGACAUACACCGAGCCCUUAGCUGCUCAACUGAUAAAAGUUGGGCACAAAAACUGUCGCGUGGCUGGGUUCUGUGCUUUAUGUGCAAUGCAAAACCAUGUCAGGAUUGCCCAUAACGCUAAUGGCAAAGUAUUAGCACCGAAAGCUUUGGUCUCAAACUUGCGAUGCGUAUCCCGAAACUUCAGAAACUGUCGGCAGGAAGAUGCACAUGAGUACAUGAUCAAUUUGCUAGAAUGCAUGCACAAGUGUUGUCUGCCUUCUGGUGUACCAAGUGAGUCCUCUGAUGCUUACAGGAGCAGCCUGGUACACAAAAUCUUUGGUGGUAGCCUCCGUAGUCGGGUGGAAUGCGCGCAAUGUUCUCAUUGCUCUGACAAGUUUGAUCCAUUUCUUGACUUGAGUCUGGACAUUUCGAAGGCAGAUACAUUGGAGAAAGCACUUAAGCGUUUCACUACGUUUGAGCUCUUAGAUGAUGGUGCAAAGGUCUACCAAUGUGAAAAAUGCAAGCAGAAAGUUAAGGCUAUAAAGCAGCUAACUAUUUUUAAAGCUCCUCCUUAUGUUCUGACGAUACAUCUCAAGCGGUUUGAAGCUCAUAGAUCCGUAAAAAUCAACAAAAAAGUUCCCUUUCCCUCUGCACUUGACAUGAGACCUUUUGUCACUGGUCCCUAUGAAGGUAAUUUGAAGUACACUCUAUAUGGUGUGCUAGUUCAUUAUGGUCAAAGCAGCCAUUCUGGUCACUAUGCUUGCUUUGUUCGCACUUCAAAUGGAAUGUGGCAUUCCCUUGAUGACAAAACGGUACGCCAAGUUAGUGAGAAUACGGUGUUCAAUCAGAAUGCGUAUAUGCUAUUUUAUGUUCGUGAUAGACAAAAUGCAACCCCAAAGAAUGCAGUUACCGUGGUUAAGAAAGAGACUGCCAAAGACAGCGUUGCAACUAACAGAAAUGAUAAAGUGGAUAGUUCAACAGACGUCAAAGCAUGUAGUGUAGACGCUCUUGUUGCUAAUGGCAGACCACCCUUGAGAUCAUGUGGUCAAGGUGCUCCUGCUGUCUCUACCCAAAAAGAUUUAAAUGCCAAAGAGAUCCAGAAAGGUCCCUCUAGCGGUAUGGAUGCCAAGGAGAUCUUACCGAGGGGAAAUGGUACAUCACUCUUGAGACCAUGUGAUCAAGGUGCUCCUUCUGUCCUAACCCAAAAAGAUGAAAAUGCCAAAGAGACUCAUGAAGAUUCCCUAAAAGAGAUCGUAACGGGGGACAAUGGGACGACACCCUUGAGAUCAUGUGCUCUAGGUGCUCCUGCUGGCUUAACUCAGAGAGAUUUAAAUGCCAAAGAGACCCUUCAGAAGGAAAUGCCACUUUCGCAGGCUAAAGAGGAAGAAUCUUUGGGCAAGGCAAACACUCAAAUUCUUGUGAACUUGCCUACUUCUGGAGCUAGUGCUGAAGAUAGUGUUGAAAAGAAGAAUUCUGUUGAUAACUUGGAUGAGCCUGCCAAUUCUCUGGAGGCUAAGAAUGUAUCGAUUGGUCAUUCAUCUAUCCAAGAAGCUGUUGUUGUUAAUCAGACUUUGGGACAUCACUCUGAAGAAUCAGACACUCUGACCGAGUCAAUAAAGGCAACUUCUGAUGAGGAGACUCUCACGCCACCAAGAAAGACUCGCAAGCGUAACAUGAAAAAACUGUCGGUGGGAUUGAAUUAUUUUAAGCGGACCCUGGGCGUGCUAAAAAAAAAGAAACAAAAAAGGGGAAGAUCAGGUACCUCAGCUGUCAAAAUCAUAUCUGAGGAGCUUUCCACUUCACAGAUAACUAGGGAGGUUGCUUCUGGCUCUGGUUGCUCGCACGGGAAGGAUUCUAGUAAAAGGAUAAGGAGUAGUAGUAAUGGGAAUAUGCUGCCUUCUCAAACCGGAGAGCUCAAGGAGAGAACUAAUCAGAAUGGUGCUGUUCUUGCGUCAGACCAACAGCAACCAAGUUCUGACUUGUCUGAAGCAAGCCAAAACGCCAAAAGGAAGAGAGAGUCCUCAAAAGAAGAACAAAUCUCGUCACAGGAAGAACAGGAGACCAUUCUCACGCGGGGCUUGCCAGAGACAGUGGUUGCCAAAUGGGGUGAGCAAGUUUCAUCUUCUAAGAUUCGAAAGAGUGAAAGCACGAGAAUCGGUUAUGUAGCAGAUGAGUGGGAUGAAGAAUAUGAUAGAGGGAAGACGAAGAAGAUAAGGAUCAAAGAGGAGAUGCAUGGAGGGCCUAACCCGUUCCAGGUGAUUGCAUCGAGGAGACAAACAAACAAAGGCUUGAAUACUGCAACGCAACGCACAAAUAGUGCAAAGAAAGGCUUAAAGAAGAAAUGGACGCAACGCAUGAAUACUGCAAAGAAAGGCUUGAGGAGAUGA